UCAUCAACUCAACAGCAUGAGGAUGGCAUGCCGACAUUCAUCUUCAGUUUCUUUCCUUUUCGUCGUCUCGAAUAUUUUUGGGGUCAUCGGUCAGGGGUAUAUUCCGAAUCCAAGGGUCGAGCCACGCUGUAGUGCGUACAAUGUUUUACCGUAUGAUUCCACAAUUUUCGACUUCUCACAGCCUUAUUACGUGUCUGCAUCGAGCGUUGCCGGCACAGUUAUCGGAUGGAACGAGCCGGAUACAGUGGUCUGUGACAGCACUUUCACUGUCGGCGCUCAGUGCUGUGGUUUGUGCACGUUUAUCCAAUUCACGCCCAACAAUGAUGACCCCGAUCCUGACCAAUUCUCCAUGAACAUGAUUGAAACUGCAUUCAACGAGUGCUAUGGUGGAUACGAUACAACGACCAGCACGGUUUAUCCGGCGUAUCAAGAGCGAGACAAAAGUGUGUACAGAGUGUUCCGCUCUCAAAAUUACAAUAAGUGGCUGACUUCCACAGACGUAUACGACAGAAACUUGAUCGAUACCCCUAAGUACAGAACAGCACCGUUGAAAUAUUCCUUCGGGGUGAUUAUGGCUGAUAUUGACGUUCUGGUGCUCGUUUUCUGCAACAACUUCAACAACCUUACCUAUAACGGAGCUCCUAACGUCCUCGUACUCUCCAAGUCGCCAAAUUUGUCGAGGGACGUGAGGAACAGAAUCUACAAAACCCUCGUCGAUAACAGAAUCGAUCCGAACAGUUUGAGCUUCAGGAACAACUACAAUUGCCCAGACAUCGACUCCUAUGGUCCAAACUGGUAUCAAAAUCUCAACUCCAAGCGAACCCAACCACUGUUACGACCUAAUGCCAUUCAGUAUUAAAUUAAACGAUUCAGGUCACAUCAACUUUUUCUUAAGUGUAUUUUACAAAUCAACCGUCUGCUUCUGUGUAGAGGCAAACUCUCUCAAAGAAUUAUGUCAUUUGGUAUUAAAAAAAUAAAUAUUGCAAAUCUCGUCAA